AUGGCAGGGCAAGCGGCCAAGAAGGCGCAGAAGGCCGGGCAGAGCCUCAGCGCACGCCUUCACAAGUCGAUCGUGCCCAUCAACGCAGCGUACAUUGCAUACCGCAUUUUGUGGCACUACGCGACGUUCUCCAAUUGGCACAUGUGGGGCUACGGGCUUCUCUUGACGAUGACGUACGUGAGCUACACCAUGGCCGUGGGCUCGGCCCUCGAGGGCACCAACAACGAAUACGCGAUGGACGUGCUCCUCAUCACCCUCGGCGUCCAGGUCGGCUCGAUGUUUACCGACUACUUUUGGUACCUCUACUUGAUCAUUCCUGGCUACGUCUCGUACUAUGGCGGCCGCAAGAUCUGGGGCUUUGUCUUUCCCCAGGGUUUUGGUGCCUCGGACGAAGCGAGCACAGGCGAGACGACGUCGAAGCGCCAGGCCAAGCUCGAGAAGCGCGGUCUGCGCCAGCCCCGCCAGCUCUAAGAAUCGUCUGAGCUCGGACACUAGACGUCUUGAGACAGAUACGGUGUCGUUAAAGCAAAUGGCACUUUGUCUAGAACGAUUCGUUGG